AUGGCACCACCAAAGCCGUCCGCCAAGGGAGCAAAGAAAGCCGCCAAGACCGUCACCAAGCCAAAGGAUGGAAAGAAGAGAAAGGCCCACCGCAAGGAGUCCUACUCUGUCUACAUCUACCGUGUGUUGAAGCAAGUUCACCCAGAUACUGGAGUCUCCUCGAAGGCCAUGUCCAUCAUGAACUCCUUCGUCAACGACGUCUUCGAACGCAUCGCUGCCGAGGCUUCUCGUCUUGCCCACUACAACAAGCGCUCAACCAUCUCUUCCCGCGAAAUUCAAACCGCCGUCCGUUUGAUCCUUCCAGGAGAGUUGGCCAAGCACGCCGUUUCUGAGGGAACCAAGGCUGUGACCAAGUACACCUCCAGCAAGUAA